AUGACUAUUGUGUCCUGGAUUUGCAGUUGGUUCUUCAGUGGGAUCAGCAGGACUCAGGCCCAGCAGUUGCUCUUGUCUCCUGCCAAUGCACCAGGGGCCUUCCUCAUCCGGCCCAGUGAAAGCAGCAUCAGGGGAUAUUCUCUCUCAGUCAGGGCCCAGGCCAAAGUCUGCCACUACCGCAUCUGCAUGGCACCCAAUGGCAGCCUCUACCUGCAGGAGGGCCGACUCUUUCCCAGCCUGGAUGCAUUGCUGGCUUACUACAAGACCAACUGGAAGCUGAUCCAGAACCCUCUGUUGCAGCCCUGCAUACCCCAGAUGGCCGUGGCUCAGGACGAGUGGGAACGGCCACGUUCAGAAUUUGUCCUUCGGAGAAAGCUGGGUGAAGGCUUCUUCGGGGAGGUGUGGGAAGGCCUGUGGCUGGGAUCUAUCCCUGUGGCAGUGAAGGUUAUCAAAUCAGCUGACAUGAAGCUGGCAGACCUCACGAAGGAGAUUGAGGCACUAAAGAGCUUGAGGCAUGAGAGGCUGAUCCGGCUGCACGCUAUAUGUUCCCUGGGUGAACCCGUGUACAUCGUUACUGAACUCAUGGGCAAGGGCAACUUGCAGGUCUACCUGAGCAGCUCUGAGGGAAAGGCCCUGAGCCUGCCCCAUCUACUGGGAUUUGCCUGCCAGGUAGCUGAGGGCAUGAGCUACCUGGAGGAGCGGCGUGUCGUCCACCGGGACUUGGCUGCCAGGAACGUGCUGGUGGGUGAUGACCUCACCUGCAAGGUAGCUGAUUUUGGCCUGGCCAGACUGCUCAAGGACGAUGUCUACUCCCCAAGCAGUGGCUCCAAGAUCCCUGUCAAGUGGACGGCACCUGAGGCUGCUAAUUACCGUGUCUUUUCCCAAAAGUCAGAUGUCUGGUCCUUUGGCAUCCUGCUGUAUGAGGUCUUCACUUAUGGCCAGUGUCCCUAUGAGGGAAUGACCAACCACGAGACGCUACAGCAGAUUAGUCGUGGAUACCGACUGCCACGCCCAGCUGUCUGCCCAGCAGAGGUCUACGUGCUCAUGGUAGAGUGCUGGAAGGGCAGCCCUGAGGAGCGUCCCACCUUUGCCAUACUGAGGGAGAAGCUGAAUGCCAUAAACAGACGCCUCCAUCUGGGCCUCACGUGACCAGGUCUCCAGACCCUCGGGUAGCAGCUAGGACUGCCACUUCCUGAAGGGUGUCUCCCAAGGAAACAUUUGUCACCGGUGCCCAUGGGAAAUACUGCACAGACGAG